UCCACUCAGAAGAAAUGCUGUGGUGCUUCCUUUUACCCCACACAAAAUGGAACAUAAAAAACGACAUAGCUGAACAAACUAUAGUCUUCUUAUAAAUGAAAGGCACCGAAGUCUGAGUAGUUUCCAACUGAGGGAAAAUAACCAACAGCUUCUCCACGGUGUAGAUUGAAACAGGGAAAACAUGAAUAUCACUAACUGUACCACAGAAGCCAGUGUGGCUGGGAGACCCAAGACCAUCACUGAGAAGAUGCUCAUUUCCAUGACUCUGGUGAUCAUCACCACCUUGACCAUGUUGCUGAAUUUAGCUGUGAUCAUGGCCAUCUGUACCACCAAGAAGCUCCACCAGCCUGCCAACUACCUGAUCUGUUCUCUGGCCGUGACGGACCUCCUGGUGGCCGUGCUGGUCAUGCCCCUGAGCAUCAUGUACAUCGUCAUGGACAGCUGGAAACUAGGUUACUUCAUCUGUGAGGUAUGGCUGAGUGUGGACAUGACCUGCUGCACCUGCUCCAUCCUCCAUCUCUGUGUGAUUGCCCUGGACAGGUACUGGGCCAUCACGAAUGCUAUUGAGUAUGCCAGGAAGAGGACAGCCAAGAGGGCUGGACUGAUGAUCCUCACCGUCUGGACCAUCUCCAUCUUCAUCUCCAUGCCCCCUCUGUUCUGGAGAAGCCACCGCCAACUCAGCCCACCUCCCAGUCAGUGCACAAUCCAGCAUGACCAUGUCAUCUACACUAUUUACUCCACACUCGGGGCAUUUUAUAUCCCCUUGACUUUGAUACUUAUUCUGUAUUACCGGAUUUACCAUGCAGCCAAGAGCCUUUACCAGAAAAGAGGAUCAAGCCGACACUUAAGCAACAGAAGCACUGAUAGCCAAAAUUCUUUUGCGAGUUGUAAACUUACACAGACUUUCUGUGUGUCUGAUUUCUCCACCUCAGACCCUACCACAGAGUUUGAGAAGAUUCACACCUCUAUCAGGAUCCCUUCUUUCGACAAUGAUCUAGAUCAUCCUGGAGAACGGCAGCAAAUCUCUAGCACCAGGGAGCGCAAAGCAGCACGAAUCCUAGGACUGAUUUUGGGUGCAUUCAUUUUGUCGUGGCUGCCGUUUUUCAUCAAAGAGUUGAUUGUUGGUCUGAGCAUCUAUACAGUGUCCUCUGAAGUGGCUGAUUUUUUGACGUGGCUUGGUUACAUUAAUUCUCUGAUCAAUCCUCUGCUCUACACAAGUUUUAAUGAAGACUUUAAGCUGGCUUUUAAAAAGCUCAUUAAGUGCCGAGAACAUACUUAGAUUGCAAACAGCCAAAAGGCAUUACUUUUACCAGCUUGUGAGUGGACAUGGGUAAGGGGUGCAACUUAUUAAUUUGUGAACAUAGUUGGUUCAGGGAAGUUUGUAAGUUAGUGCGGUCUUUUUGUUUGUUUUGUUCUGUUUUGUUUGAAGUUUGUUAUUUGGUGUGCCGUUUUCUACCUCUGGUUUUAUUUGUGGUACAUGAUUUCAAAUAAACAUUAUCAUAUAAAGACAGAAAUGUCAUAGAAGUAAUAAUAAGGUGAAAUAGUAACUACUAUUUUUAGCCCUUUCAGUUAAUCCUGCCAUUAAAG